UCCAUCCACGAAAUUUGUCUACCGCCAUGACAGGGCUCAUCCGCUGCUUUCACCCACCACCGCGGUCGAGGUCCGGGGAGAUUUCCCGCUGGGCUUGCUUGCCGUCCUUCGAAUUUUCCGUUGGUACCCGUGGCUCUGAAAAAUUGGCUCUCUAUUUUAAAAGGAAGAAGUUAGAUGUGUUCCCUAUAAGAGUUCAAUUUUCAUCUUUGAAAAGCCAACUUCUGCCAAGCAGUGACUGCCUGUUCUUCAAAAAAGACACGCUUCUAAUGUUUAGGUCAGGAAGGGUUCAAUAUAAUAAUAUAUUAGGAUUCUGCCAUGGGAUAACAGAAGCCAUUACCUAUCACAAGGUAUUGACUAGUGCAAAAGCAUUAGUUGUUGUGCAAGUCUUGAUGUUCAUUUUACCUCCUAAUGUGCUUGCGGAGACAUGCAAGACUGAAAACUCUUUUUUCAACAUGCCUUUUCUGUUCAUAAUAGCCCUUAUUGGGGCUACUGUUGGUGGUUUGCUUGCACGACAAAGGAGGGGUGAGCUGAAGCGGUUGAAUGAUCAGCUACGUCAGAUCAAUGCAGCACUUAGAAGACAAGCCAAAAUAGAAUCUUAUGCUCCUAAGCUGAGCUAUGCACCAGUUGGCAGGAUAGCUGAAUCAGAAGUUGUUGUUGACCCUAAAAAAGAAGAUUUAAUUAAAAAAUUGAGAUUAGGGAAAAAUUAUUUGCGGAAUCAUGAGCUUGAGAGGGCAUUUCUGGAGUUUAAGACUGCUCUAGAGCUUUCAGAGGCAUUGGGGGAUCAUGUUGAAGAGAAGAAGGCUGCAAGAGGUCUUGGGGCAUCUCUGCAGAGGCAAGGCAAGUACAAAGAAGCCAUAAAAUAUCACUCCAAAGUUCUCGAAAUAGCCAGCAAGGUUGGCGAAAACUCCGGCAUAACCGAGGCCUAUGGAGCAAUAGCAGACUGCUACACUGAGCUUGGAGAUCUUGAAAAAGCAGGGAAGUUCUAUGACCAGUACAUAGCAAGGCUGGAGAAAGACUGACUGAUAGAUCUUGGGCUUGAACCAGCUUUAGAUAAUGCCUGCAUCUCUAUAUCUUCUCUCCCAAGCAGAAUCGCUCAAGAGGUUUGAGCUUUGACCUUCUUAUACGCAACGGUACACUACUACUUUUGUAGCAUUAUUGCUUUUAAACAUUUUGCAUCGAUGAUCUCAUUUUUGGAUAUUGUAGCCCUUU